UUCACAUACAAUUGAGAUCAUCCCUGGUCUUCAGUCUCUGACUAUCUCUUGUAUUAUGUUUGCAGUAUCUGAUCAUCUCUUGUAACAAGUCUGCAGGCUCUAAAUAUCUCUUGUAUCAUGUCUGCAGUCUCUGACCAUUUCCUGUAUCAUGUCUACAGUCUCUUACCAUCUCUGGUGUCAUGUCUGCAGUCUCUGACCAUCUCUUGUAUCAUGUCUGUGGUCUCUGACCAUCUCUUGUAUCAUGUCCGUGGCCCUGCAUUCCCUGCAUCCACUAUAUUAGCUGUGUUGCAUUUACUAUAUCUGGUCUCCCAGGACCCUGCAUUCACUAUAAGUUCUCCCCGGACCCUGCAUUUACUAUAUCUGGUCUCCCAGGACCCUGCAUUCACUAUAUCUGGUCAUCCCAGGACCCUGCAUUCACUAUAUCUGCUCUCCCGGACCCUGCAUUUACUAUAUCUGGUCUCCCAGGACCCUGCAUUCACUAUAUCCGGUCUCCCCGGACCCUGCAUUUACUAUAUCUGGGCUCCCUGGACCCUGCAUUCACUAUAUCUGGUCUCCCAGGACCCUGCAUUCACUAUA